UUUACUGGAAUGUGUUAUCGUACAAGCGGACUACUGCUUGAAAGUUAUACCAUUCAUUACGUGUGUGAAGUUUCAGUGAAAAUGAUAUGACGUAUUGAUAUGAUACUGUGUUGUUUUUGUACUUAAUUGAAACUGCAUGGCACAGGCAACUUCAGAUAUUUUAAGUUUGUAAAACAUGACAUCAAUUCUUCCUGUUACUUCUCCUGUAGUCAAACGACUUCUUGGAUGGAAGAAGGGAGAAGUAGAAGACAAGUGGAGUGAAAGAGCAGUGAAAAGUUUGGUCAAGAAACUUAAGAAGACUGGAGGAUUGGAUGAACUAGAAAAAUCUAUUACAACUCAAGAUUCAAAAACCAAAUGCAUUACAAUUCCAAGAUCACUAGAUGGCCGACUUCAGGUGUCACAUCGCAAAGGAUUGCCUCAUGUAAUCUACUGCAGGCUUUGGCGUUGGUCAGAUCUCCAGACUCACCAUGAGCUACAGGCUGUCGAGAAUUGUGAAUAUGCUUUCAAUUUGAAGCGAGACGAAGUGUGUGUUAACCCUUAUCACUACCAGCGCAUUGAAAGCCCAGCAAUACUGGUGCCAUGUCAAACAGGAGAUAUUCCUGUCGACCUUCCUUCCCUGGAUGAUUACUCCAACUCAGUCCCAGAUAAUACUGACUUCCCUGUUGGGUUAGAGAAUCAGUCAUUCCCUCUUACAGAGACUCCUCCCCCUGGCUACAUGAGUGAAGAAGGAGAUAAUCAAGAACAAAAUGGAACAGACAGCAUGGAUUCAAGCAUUCUGUCAUCACCAAGCCCUCCACUUGAUGUUCAGCCAGUCACCUAUACUGAACCAGCUUUCUGGUGCUCUAUUUCAUAUUAUGAGCUGAAUACUCGUGUUGGAGAAACUUUUCAUGCUUCCCAGCCUUCUUUGACUGUAGAUGGAUUUACUGAUCCCUCAAGCUCAGAACGUUUCUGUUUGGGACUCUUGUCCAAUGUUAACAGGAAUCCUGUGGUUGAACAAACAAGAAGACAUAUUGGUCGAGGAGUUCGCCUGUACUACAUUGGAGGAGAAGUAUUUGCAGAGUGUCUGAGUGACAGCAGCAUCUUUGUUCAGAGCCCUAACUGUAACCAGAGAUAUGGCUGGCACCCAGCAACCGUUUGUAAAAUCCCACCUGGAUGCAACUUGAAGAUUUUCAACAAUCAAGAGUUUGCAGCAUUACUGGCACAGUCAGUCAGCCAGGGAUUUGAAGCUGUUUAUCAACUUACUAGGAUGUGCACAAUUCGAAUGAGUUUUGUGAAGGGCUGGGGUGCAGAAUAUCGGCGACAGACUGUCACUUCUACACCAUGUUGGAUUGAGCUACACCUGAAUGGGCCACUACAAUGGUUGGACAGAGUUCUAACUCAGAUGGGCUCUCCUCGUAUACCAUGUAGCUCUAUGUCAUGAAAGCCAUCUAAUUUCAAAUAAAAGAAAAUCAAGUUGUGUACAGUAUACCAAAAUCAUCUUCAUUGUGACUGCUAAAAUAGCACUCGUUCUUGCUUGUGAGAUCUAUGUAUGUGUGUUUGUAUGCUUAUGCCGGUAAAUAAAUGACAUAAAGUUUAAUUUUUUUUUAUAAAAACUUCUAAAUCAUGGUGCCAUGGUAUCCUCCAAACCUUCACUUUCCUAGAUCUCAGUGUCUUUUUCAACUUCCUUGAUCUUCUUUCUUAUAAAUUACAGAGUUCUGUGCAUAUUUACAAAAUAUAGCUUUUAUUAAUCACAUUAGUUUGUUCAGAGGUCUUUCCUAGAAUGAUGUUUUCUCCAGUUUUUAAACUCCUCUAAUUCUCGGUGGUAUUGAUUGAUAGCUGACAUAUUAUGAUUGUGUAAGUGCAAGUGUAUGAAAAAGUGUACAAUAUACUGAUAAAAAUACGGCUAUGAAUUUAAGUUUCUAACAUGAAUACUUUCAAAAUUGUUUUAUGUUUUCUAUCAUGACAUAAGCUUUAACAUCCUUAUGAUGUUGAUUUUGUGAUACUAUGAAAUAGGUCAUGUUGACAGUGAUCUUUGUUAUCAUGACAUAACCUGGACUAGAUUAGCUUAUGGCAGUGGUUUGCCUUUGUUAUCAUGACAUAACCUGGACUAGAUUAGCUUAUGGCAGUGGUUUGUCUUUGUUAUCAUGACAUAACCUGGACUCAACUAGUUUAUGGCAGUGGUUUGUCUUUGUUAUCAUGACAUAGCCUGGACUAGACUACCUAGUAGCAAUGGUCUAUCUUUGUUAUCAUGACAUAGCCUGGACUAGACUACCUAGUAGCAAUGGUCUAUCUUUGUUAUCAAGAUAUAACCUGGACUAGACUACCUAGUAGCAAUGGUCUGUCUUUGUUAUUAAGAUAUAACCUGGACUAGACUACCUAGUAGCAAUGGUCUGUCUUUGUUAUCAAGAUAUAACCUGGACUAAACUACCUAGUAGCAAUGGUCUAUCUUUGUUAUCAAGAUAUAACCUGGACUAGACUACCUAGUAGCAAUGGUCUGUCUUUGUUAUCAAGAUAUAACCUGGACUAGAUUACCUAGUAAUAGUGGUCUGUCUUUCGUAUCAUGACAUAACUUAGUAUUUGUUUGUCCUUGUUAUCCUGAUGUAGUCUAAAUAAUCUUUUUUGCAGUAGAUGCCCUAUGGUACCAAACAUAGAUUGGACUCUUUAAGUGUUGGCUGAGAGCAUAAAGAUAAAAGCAAGCUCAGGUUAAGGUUGGUGCUUUAAUUUUUUAAGUGCUUGGAUGGUUACAUAUACAGUUUGUGGAUUAUUUGUAAGUCUGUGUUGAAACAAUAUUUUGUAAUGUUAAUUCGCUGUAAAUGACUGCUGUACAUUUAGGAAAAAGUUGUGUGCAGUACAUUUUUGUAAAGGUUAUAACUAAUUCAUAAACAAAAUACUUUCCUUCAAAUUAAGAUAUUUUUUGUAUGUAUUUAACACAGUUCCAUAGACCACCUCCAAUGUAAUGUAUUUUAAGGGGUUUGAUUUUGUUUCUUGUGUUUCAGCCACCAAAUAAUUGUUUGGCAUUUCUGCAUUUGUUACUGAUGUUAAUAUCAAAGUAGAUUUUGGCACUUAGUGAGAGUAAAUAAAAGUAAUGUCAAAUCAUAAUUGUUUCUUGAGAUGAAAUUUUGAUGAAGGUCUGUUGCUGUAAGUGAUUUACAUUUAUAAAAUGUUGAACAAUCACAAUAUAUUAUUUAUCCUUCAAAAAUAUUAUGGAAACCCAAUUUUGUAAUUGCUUUAAAAAUAUGAGUGUUGGCAUUUUGUACAGAAAUUUAAACUAAUUCUUAUUUUCAGAAAAUUUGUUAAAUAUGAAUCAUUUGUAAGUGAAGGAAAAUAGAUGAUAGUUUGUAUUUUAGCUUAUGUUAUUUAAACUGUUUUUAAAACAAGUGAUAAUUACAUUAUUUUUAAUUUUUUAGAAUGGUAUUUUAUCAGUGUUCUUUCUUGAUGGCAUUUGCUUGUUCCUGUUAAGAUGUAUAUACUAAAGAGAUUGUAUACUGUAUGAAGAAAGAUAAUUGUUAAGAAAAUUUCAUACAUUUACUUAUAAUAUAAUUAGAUGUUUGAAAUUGAAAUUUUAAGGUAAUGAUAUAUAUAUAUUUUUAAAAAUUAGGUGUUUUGAAGGUAGAAUAUGUUGAUGAUUUGUUUUAGAUGAAAAGGUCAAACAGAGGUUUAGUACUUAAAUGUAAGAACCUAGAAUUGUUUUAAACAAAUUUUGGGAUGAAAAUUACAGUUGAAAUGUAAUUUUCUGUAAUUUUAUUUCAAAAACUCUUAUAACAAUAAGUAGAAUGUAAUAUUUAGUAUUUUGCUAUGUUCACUGUAUAUUUUGAUAAGUGAUGGUAAACCAGUAAAAGCAACAGUUAUACCAUACAUAGAAUAUAAUAACAUUUGAGCAUAAUAUUUGUAGAAAUAUUUAAACAAAAUCUAUUAAAAAAGAACUUUGCAAGUGUACAAUGAAGGUAAAAAAAACAACUUCAUAUAUAGUAGACAGCUGAUAUGGGUACUAAAAGCAUGAAUAAAAAACUUCUUGUUUCAAUAAACACAUUAUUUUACUGUUUCAGUAUUAAAAAUAUUUUCAAUAACACUGAGAAUCUUUUAAACUUGCAAUCUUAAUUGUUGUCACAAUGCUCUUAGAUAGUCUGACCAGUUCUAACAGACUUUUAUAAUAUCUAGCAUUGUUUACUAUAGAACCAAUCUUCAGUUUGGUUAAUAACAGAAAACUAGUGCUACUGAAAGUCGUUAAGGUCUAGAUUUAUAAUUAUUAUCUUCCAAUUAGAACAAGUUACUUACUUAGAUCAAAAAUAUAUAUUAACCCUGUAAUGAGAAUAUCUAAUUCUGUAUACUGUUCUUACUUAUAAUGAUUAUAAUGCAUUGUUUCAUCUGUUGGUUACCCUUGCUGUUAUCAGUAACCUAUCUUCAGCUGUAAAAUAGUUUGUUCUCCACACAUAUUAAAGUACUUGAUUCAAGAAAUAAAUUCAUUAAGAUUAGCUUUUCAAUUGAUGUAACACUAGAGAAUGUAGAACUACUCAGGUUCUAUUCUACUGAGAAACAUUAUUGAAAAUUGUUCAUUUUUCCAACUAACUGGAUUUGUAGAAAUUUGAAAUGCUUGGCUAUUGGUUUAGCCAUGUCUCUUCCUGACCAGAAAUGUUAAAUGUUUUUAUUCAGUGAUGUUUUACUUAAUGUAAAAAUGACUUCAAGCUGAGGGACAUGAAGUGAUCAGAUUAUGAUGAGUGUUAUGCAGUUGUACCUUUUGAUUACAUAAAACAGGUGAUACAUUGUAAUAGGCUUUCUUUGUUAAACAAAAAAAAAGUAUUCUCAGCUACUUGAAACACCAAAAUGUAUUCCAAUUAACCUUUGGUAUGUAGGUGCUAAGCAUGUUAAUGAAAGAAAAAAGUAGACCUUCUCAUUUUAAAAUCACCAUUAAUACGUUUAUAUUUCACUUGGUUCUCAUCGGCCACAUAUGUAAAAGUUUUAAAAAGUUUAGUUAUAGAACCUAUUUUGCUACGUAUGUUUGUAAUUGUAAUUUCCUCUUUGAAGGAAUGAAUCUGAAGUUAUAAAGUAUCCAGUGAUGCAACUGAAAUGAAGUGAAAUUCUUAUUUUUAUUUUUAAUAUUAUAUGAAAGACUUGCAUUUUUCUGUAGCUUAAAAGAUCACAAAAGUGACCAACAGUUACCAUCCUUUCUUUGAGGAGAUUAUUUUGUUAAAAUAAAGACUUUAUAUAAAAGUAA